CUCCUCCUCCUCUCGUACCCCUCGGAGGAAGAUGAGUAACCAGCAGCCAGGAUUGCUAAAUCAUGGCAACAUUUAUGGAAAGAUUUGCUUUUCUUCAGAAAGUCCCGAGUCUGAUGAAGGCAACAGCAGAUGAUGAAAACCCCUGCCCUGGAUACCUUUUCCAAGACAUUGGGAAAAUCUCCCAUGAGUCGUCAGGUUACGGUCAGUGUUUGUUGGAGUAUCUUCUUGAGAGGCUGCAAGUGGAGUCAUGCCAUGUCAAAAUAAAGGUCCUGAAGAUCUUUGUCCAUCUGUGCGGUCAUGGUUCAAACCAUUUCCUCACAGAACUGCGAAGGAACUCCACCUUCAUCCAGCAAGCAUCAGUUUACAGCGGCCCUCCUGAUCCUAUCCACGGCACAGCGUUGUACCAGAAAGUUAGAAAUACCGCACAGGAAGUGGCCAGGUUGCUUUUCACAGAUACAAUUUCCACCAAAGGCAGCGUCUCCCCGCCCAACCUAGCCCCUCCAACAAUGGGAAUGGGCUCAGCAACCACACACAGGUCAGGAAUGCAGGGCUUUGGAUACAGUCCUGGGAAACAGGCAACAGCAGGCGGUGACUCUCUGUUGGAUAAGAUCCAGAAGGCUGCAGAGGUGGUGGCGAGCGCCGUCCUCCCCCCGACCGAACACCAGGGCAUCCGUCUCCAUGACAACUAUUACCGGGCCGUAGCAGCACCCUCAGCCCCCAUAGAGGUAGCGGUGCCGGCGUGUGCCUACAACCUGCCCACUAGCACGCCUAAAGCAUCGACCCAGCGCUGCCCGGGUCAGGUGGGCGGCGGCUGGGAGGAGACGGACAGCAGCAACGGCUCCUCUCACAACUCCUCUCAGGACAUGGCGGCUAACGGCAAGUCUGCAACCGGGAGCCAAUCAGGAGCCAGUAGAGAGAGCAGCGGCGACCUAUCAGAGCGGGGGGAGGCGCUGCAGUUAGGGGACUGUGGCCAGGAGGUGGCGCUGAUCAGCAGACUGACCGAAGGAUCCAAAGCUUUCCUGUCCAGAGAGGAGAGCCAGCACUUCAUCAAAGAGUGCUCCAUUCUCAACUGUGAGGUGGUGGUGGAGUUGCUCUCAAGCAAGCUUCAGGAUCCCUCAAACACCGUUCAGAUGCGGGCACUGUGUGCUGUAUCCUGCCUGAUGACCUCUGACCUCCUCUCUCUGGAACAAAUGUUUGCAGCUACACAACGGCGGCUCCGUCAGCUGAGUGAGGGGCCUCCGGGGCCCGUGGCCAACAAAGCCACCAAGAUCCUGCGUCAGUUUGAGGCUCUGAUUGGUGGAUCUGCACACGCUCCGAGGCAGGAAGCAGCGAACAGCAGCCAUCAGGAAACAUCUCACCGGCUUCCUGCAGCCACAUACUUAGACCCUUUACUACCAACCCAGUCUGCUAACAACACCACCCUUCAUCAGCUCGACAUCUCACCCACUGGUGUCACCCCACCACCAAAUCACCCAUCUUCUCCCUCUAGUCUGGAGGUCCAGAUAGACUCCUCAGUGGAGCUGAUGAAUGACGAUGAAGAGGAGAAACUUCCUCCCGUUCUGACCGAGUCAAUGCAGAACCAGGUGGAGCCGAACAGGACUGCUGAGGUUCAAUCUGUCGCUGAAGAACCAGAGCUUCACACAGAUAGCUUCUCGUCAGCGGAGCCUCAGAGUGAGCAGCCCUGUCUGAGCAGACUGUCUCUGUUCAGCGGGAUGCAGCUGGUCACCAAGGCAACGCCGCUGUGUAAAAGACAGAUAUCCCAGACAGAGAUGGACACGAUGGACGACAGCUUAAAGGAGAAUCAAGCUCUGCAGAACGGCAGCAAAACCAGUGAUGACACUGCUUUAAUUUGCACUUCAGUCGCAUGUGAUAGCAGCCAACCAGUGUCGGCCUUUUCCUUUCUCAACUUUUGACCAACUUUACACAGCUGGAGCUGUCGCAGUUAAGCCAAUGAUGUCAUUAAGUUAGGAAAUCUAUUGAAUUCAAAAUCAAGAUUAUAUAGACAGCAGAUUUACAUUAUGUUGGGAUUUUCUGUCUAUCAGUAUGGUGCCUCGUUGGGAAAUGUAUUCAAGCAGCAGAGACAGAGAUAUUGUCCUUUAGAGUCCACAGCUGAGAAACCCCUUAACUCUUCAGACAUGAGGGCUUUGCUGGAUGCCGUUUGUAGGUUAAGGCCUAAUUUUCCUAAUAAGUAUUUAACAAUAAUGCUUGAAUUACAGGUUGUUAUUGUAAACAGUUGCUUUAUCUCAGGAUUCCGUUUAGCUGACAAAAACAAACUCUUAACGCCUCCGCAGCGAGCGCUAAACCUCCGAGGGAGAACGCCCUCGAUUUGUUAUUUGCACAAUUGCUUUUCUUAUGGACUCAUAAAUCUGAGAGUGGUCUUCCAUAUGUGUUGGUACUUACCUCGUACAGUAUGUCAGUGUAAACGUCAUGAGUGUUAGUUUACAAACUAUUUAUUGCGUCUACCAUGUAUUGAUUAAUCCAUAACCCACCUGAGAGUGUGUGAAGAUACGUUUGAAGAACUAAUGGAGGAAUUUAUUAUUUAGGUAUUUUGUGUGCUCUGUAAACCUGAAAAAGUUACCAUAACUCAAAAAAAUGUAAGGCAUCUGAUUGCCUUAGUUCUUCAAAGUUGAUGUACUUAAACGUUUUCAGACCUUUAAUAUUAUACAUCAAACGCUGAAAAUGAAGAGCAGAUCCCCUUACUGCAGGCAUUUAUGGUGCUUUCCUGCGUGCCGUUAGUGACAUCAGACACACAAGAAAUAAGUACAGAGAAAUGUAUACUUUUAAUUAGUGUUAACUUAAUCUGCGAAAUAGUCCAAGUAAAUAACAAAUGAUUUGUUAAAUGAACUAAAAAAACUAAGAAAAAUGUCACAAGAAGUCCACAUAUUCCCGUUAGAAGAACUUUUUACUACUGUAAGUGUAUACUACUUAAAGGUGGGGUAGGUAAGUUUGAGAAACCGGCUCGAGAUACACUUUUUGUUAUAUUCCAUGGAAUGCUCUUAACAUCCCGAUAGCAAUGAAU